AUGAUAAAAGAUGGUAUUAUUAAUAUUUUAACAUUUAGAAUGUCGCAAUCAUGUUUCUAAAUGUUCAGUCUUUUAUACAAGUAUUAAAAUGUGUUUUCACAAUUUUUGUUGUGAAUCUAAAGAUUUCCUUUAUCUUGUUUUAUCGGCUGGUGUAAUAAUUUCAUAUUUUUUUGAAUAACGAUUUUAAUAAGAAGAUAUAGGUGGUAAAGUAUUUAUACUCUUUUGUGUAACUUUUUGGGAUUUAUUACUUGUUACUCUAGGGUUUAUUAUAGAAAUGCCAAGAAGAAUUAGAUAAUAUUAUAAAAUGAGAGCCUUACAUAGAAGAGCAACUAGAUUAUAAUUCUUAGAUUUGUAAAGAUAAGUAUAAUCUUUGGGGGAUAAUAAUUUAGAGGGUUAAUAAGGAUUGUAUAUAGAUUUAUUACAUCAUGAUUUAAUAGUUGAUUAGAAUAAUGAAUAAAGACAAAAUGGUUUUUAAGGAUAAAAUGCUAUAAAUGCUGAAGAUGAAUAAGUCUAAUGUUAAAUAUGUUUUGAAGAUAUGAAUGAGAAUACCAAUAUUUAAUAAUUAUAAUGCCAUCCAUCUCAUAUAUUCCAUUCUGACUGUAUUACUAGUUGGUUUUAAAGAAAAGUAUAAUCUUAUAAAUUACUUAGCGUUAAGAAAAUUUAGUUCCUAGUUGCCCUAUUUGUAGAGCACCAUAAAAUAGAUGA